AUGGCACUCAAUGUUCCUGGGCUGAUAGCUGUCAUCAUUUUCUAUGCAAUGACUUUGGUCACUGGUCUCUGGGCAGCCUGGAAAGCCAAAAGGAAUGAGAAGAACAAAAAGGAGACGGAGGUAGCUAUUGUUGGAGGAAGAAACCUGAACAUGCUUGUGGGGCUCUUUACAACUACUGCUACAUGGGUUGGUGGUGCCUAUAUUAAUGGAACAGCGAGAUCGUCUAUCUUCCUACAAGAGGACUUGCCUGGGUUCAUGCUCCACUGGGCUUUGCGGCAACAUUUAUCAUUGGUGCUCUCUUCUUUGUUAAGCCAAUGAGGUCUAAAAAUUAUGUGACAAUGAUGGACCCUCUCCAAGAAACAUUUGGGGACGCAAUGGGGAGUAUCCUGUUUAUCCCACCAUUGCUUGGUGACAUUUUCUGGUUUGCAUCUAUCCUGGCCUCUCUAGGAGCCACUGUCAGAGUCAUUCUGGAUGUGAGCGGCUACAUAUCCAUCGUUAUCUCUGCCUGUACAGUCAUUUUGUACACGUUACUUGGAGGACUCUAUUCUGUUGCCUAUACUGAUGUCAUUCAGCUACUCUUCAUGAUGAUCAGUCUGUGGAUUUGUGUACCAUUUGCUCUUCUAAAUUCUGCAUCUGAAAACAUUGCUUACACAGCAGUGAAUAAAGUGUACCAAGAACCCUGGAUUGGUAAUAUACAGCCACAGUACAUUGCAAGAUGGCUGGAUGAUUUGGCUUUCCUGAGUCUGGGUGGCAUUGCAUGGCAAAUCUAUUUUCAGAGAGUUCUUGCUGCAUCAUCCUCUAAGCAAGCAAUGGUAACAUCUUACCUCUCAGGGGUUCUGUCUGCAGUCUUGGGGGUCCCUUCUAUUCUCAUUGGAGCAGUUGCAGCCUCUACAGACUGGAACCAGACUAACUAUGGCCUGCCCUCACCAUAUAAGAGGAAUGAGUCAAACAUGAUUCUUCCUCUGGUAUUGCAGUACCUCUGCCCGACGUAUGUGUCAGUGGCGGGUUUGGGAGCCAUUGCAGCAGCUGUGAUGUCCUCUGCAGACUCCUCUCUCCUGUCUGCCAGCUCCAUGUUUGCCUACAACAUCUACAAGAAGAUGCUAAGGAAGACGGCCUCUGAUCGAGAAGUUCUGUGCGUCAUGCGUCUUUCCAUGAUCUUGCUGGGCUCAGCAGGUACAGGCUUGGCGUUCCUCUCAAACUCUGUGUAUGACCUUUGGUUCCUGAGUGGAGAACUGGUGUACGCCCUUUUGUUCCCUCAGCUUUGCUGUGCCCUGUUCCUCCCCAGCACAAACACGUAUGGAUCUGUGGCUGGAUUCUUCUUGGGAUUUGUUCUCCGACUUCUGGGAGGAGAAAAUUCCCUUAAAAUUCCUCCAGUGCUCCACUACCCAGGAUGCAUUUUUGCAGAAGGUGUCUACAUACAGUUAUUUCCCUUCAAGACGUUUACCAUGCUGGUCAGCCUGAUCACCAUCAUCGUCACAUCUUAUCUGGCACAGUUUUUGUUCAUGAAGAAAAUACUUCCAAUUCGAUGGGACAUAUGCAAUGUGUUUCACAAACAGCUGUCUCAUCCAGCUCCACAUGAACUGGAAGAGCGAGAGACUCUCCAUAACACCUGA